GCCUUAGCAACAACGAGGGGACAAUGGUCCCAAGAAGGGCAAGUGGGCAUUAAUUUUUGCCCCCACAAUGAGAAAAAACUAGUUUCCUUCGGCGUAAAUACGUCCAAUUGUGUCUUGUUUGGUUACGUUCUUGACUCUAGCGUGGAGAGAGAGACCAAUGGAUAAUCUUCAAUGGAAGCUGUUUCCGCUGCUGACACUCGUCGUUUCCUCUCUCUUCUUGUUCUACUCUCGUGAAACGUCCAAGCUCUCUCAGAGUGUGUGUAGCCUUCUUCCUUACAACCACUACUGGAUAACCAGCAAACGGCUGGUCACACCACAAGGAGUUAUUUCUGGUGCAGUUGAAGUUAAGGCAGGCAAUAUCAUAUCCAUUGCUAAGGCAGAGGAUUGGAGUAAGAAUUCCAGGACUGUUCAAGUAAUUGAUUAUGGAGAGGCUGUUAUCAUGCCUGGCUUGAUUGAUGUACAUUCACAUCUUGAUGAUCCCGGAAGAGUUGAGUGGGAAGGAUUUCCUUCAGGGACUAAAGCGGCUGCUGCUGGCGGAGUAACUACAUUAAUUGACAUGCCCCUAAAUAGUUAUCCCUCAACAAUUUCUAAAGAAACUCUGAAACUCAAGAUUGAAGCUGCUGAGAAGAAUAUCUACAUUGAUGUUGGGUUUUGGGGAGGCCUAGUUCCAGAAAAUGCAUUCAAUGUAACCGCUCUAGAAGCUCUCCUUAAUGCUGGUGCUCUUGGACUGAAGUCUUUUAUGUGUCCGUCAGGGAUCAAUGACUUUCCUAUGACAAAUGCUAGUCAUAUUAAGGAAGGCCUAUCUGUAUUAGCAAGAUAUAAAAGACCUUUACUUGUACAUGCUGAGAUUCAACAAGACUCUAAAAGUCAUUUAGAAGUUGAAGAUGGCAAAAAUGAUGCUCGAUCUUAUUCGACCUAUUUAAAGUCAAGGCCGCCUUCAAUGGAAGAGACAGCUAUCAGAGAACUUAUAGCAAUAACAAAGGACACAAGGCCAGGUGGCCCUGCAGAGGGAGCUCAUCUUCAUAUUGUUCAUCUAGCUGAUGCUAGUUCUUCCUUAGAUCUUAUAAAGGAAGCAAAAAGCAACGGUGACAGCAUAACUGUUGAGACAUGCCCUCAUUACUUAGCUUUCUCAGCAGAAGAGAUUCCUGAUGGAGACACACGUUUUAAAUGUGCUCCACCCAUACGAGAUGCAUCAAACAGAGAAAAAUUAUGGGAGGCUCUAAUGGAAGGACAGAUUGAUAUGCUAAGUUCUGAUCAUUCACCAACCGAGCCAAAACUUAAACUGCUUGAUGAUGGUGACUUUUUGAGAGCUUGGGGCGGUAUAUCAUCUUUGCAGUUUGUUCUUCCUGUGACUUGGUCAUACGGGCAAAAAUAUGGAGUAACUUUAGAGCACUUAGCUUCAUGGUGGAGUGAGAGGCCUGCCAAGCUUGCUGGACAACAUUCAAAGGGAGCAAUUGCAAUUGGAAACCAUGCUGACAUUGUUGUGUGGGAACCUGAAGUGGAGUUUGACCUCAACGAUGACCAUCCUAUUUACAUUAAACAUCCGCAAAACUCUGCCUACCUCGGGAGAAGGCUCUCUGGAAAAGUAUUGGGCACAUUUGUCAGAGGAAACCUUGUCUACGAAGAAGGAAGACAUGCUCCCGCUGCCUGCGGUGCACCAAUCCUAGCCACAUCCACAUGAACUCGAAACUUUUCCAGGUUACUAAUCCGAACUUCCCGUAAAGGUUUCUCACCGAUCACGAUCAUCCUUUGCUGUAAAAUUAAUAAGAGGAAUGGAGGUUGAAUGAUGAUAUAAUGAAAUUGAAGAUGGAAACAACCCACGAAUCAACAUUGUGCAGUUCUUGAAAUCGUCAAUAGAGACGGCGGAUGAGCCGUCAGUGAUGUCUGAGACCUCUCCACAAAUGACUUGUAGCUCACAGUUGUAAUUUUAAAUGGGAGUUGAAUGCGUUUAACUUUAUAAAUUAAAAAUACAGAUCCUUCUAACAAAAAUAAGUAAAGGAUAUUAUUAUAUGUA